AUGUCUUGGCAAUCAUACAUUGACAAUCAAUUGUUAGCUACAGGUAAAAUAGCUCAAGCUGCUAUAUACGGACAUGAUAAUUCUUUGUGGGCUACUUCUCCAGGAUUCAAAGUUAGUACACUCGUAGCAGCUUUUGAUAAUGCUGAUAAAAUUCAAGCAAAUGGUAUAUAUUGUAAUAAUAUCAAAUAUAUAACAACUACUGCUGGUGAUGAUAACAUUCUUGGCAGAAAGGGAAGUGAUGGCGUAGUAAUAUUUAAAACAUCAAAAGCUAUUAUUGUUGGAACUUAUCUUGAAGGAACUGCACCUGGAGGAGCUAAUAAAGUUGUUGCAGAUUUGGGUGAAUAUUUGAAGAACUCGGGUUAUGAUUUUUAUUAUAUGUGA